GCACUCUUCUGACAUUGACAGAUUUGGAUCUACAUAUAAACUACAAAUACACAGGAGAGUUCACAUGGAGGAGGAGUCAUUCAGCUGUUCUGUCUGUACAAAAGUGUUUGCUCUACCCUCUGAUCUUAAAAAACACAUGAGGAGACACACAGGGGAGAAACCAUUCAGCUGUACAGUCUGUAAGAAAGUGUUUGCUCUACCCUCUCAGAUAGAAACACAUAUGAGGACACACACAGGGGAGAAGCCUUUCAGCUGUACAGUUUGUAAGAAAAGAUUUGCUCAAAAGGUUCAUCUCAAAACACAUAUGAGGACACACUCGGGGGAGAAACCAUUCACCUGUUCUGUCUGCAAAAAAGUGUUUUCUGUAAGCUCCCAUCUCAAAAUACAUAUGAGGACACACACAGGGGAGAAACCUUUCAGCUGUUCAGUCUGUAAGAAAGUGUUUUCUAUAAGCUCUCAUCUCACAAAACAUAUGAGGACACACACAGGGGAGAGACCAUUCAGCUGUUCAGUUUGUAAGAAAACAUUUGCCCAGAAGUGUCAUCUCAACACGCAUAUGAUGAUUCACACAGGGGAGAAACGAUUCAGCUGUUCAGUCUGUAAGAAGAUGUUUGCUGUCAACUCUGGUCUCAAAACACAUAUGAGGAGACACACAGGGGAGAAACCAUUCAGCUGCUCAGUCUGUAAGAGAGUGUUUGCUCAACGUUGUAGUCUCAAAAACCAUAUGAGGAGUUACCAUAGACUGUUUAUCUCAGAGGACGGAGCCAACGCACAAGCUGCUACAACAGGAAGUUCGCAUGUGGCUCCUCUGGCUCCUUCUGACUCUAGCUCCCAUUGACUUACGUUGGAAUAUUAGGGCCCCUCUCUCUGUAACUGCUGCUGUGAGCCUCGUAAUUUUGGUCUUAAAAUGUUCGUAUUAACCCACUCUACAUGAUUCUGAUGUUUUUUUUCCUUCUAUUUUGUUUGUUAAAAAAAAAAAUCCUAUUCCAAAUAUAGAGCCUGGCUUCAAAUUCGCCCCUGUAACUGUGAACAUCGCGAGCUAAUCGUUGUGGGUGCUUUGUGUCACCAUGGCAACUGUACUGCUCAAAAGCGGAGGGCAGAUGGAUGAUUUCCC